AUGCGUGCUGCAGACACGAACCUUCUCAACAUGCCACGACGGCUGCGGCGGCGGCUCGUCGUCGUUGGCACCCUAUUUCUCCUCACCCUCGCCGUCCUUUACCUCAGACUGCCGCCCGACUCGACCUUUCGCCUCGCCUUGGGCUUCAACGCCGCUCGCGUCGCCAACUUCCUCCAAGGCAAGACGUCGGACCGCGACGGCUGGCUGAGGCAACCUGCGCGGUACCGGGUCGACCUUCGCACCGACGUCGGCUACCUUAUCAAGACCGGCUACGGCACCCGGCACCGGGUCCCCGAGCAGCUCAGGGCGCUCGGAGGGAACGGCGGGCUACUCGGUGAAGAGGGCCGCAGCUUCCUCGUCGUCGGCGACUGGACCACGGUGAACAAGACGGAAGCAAAGAUGCUCGGCGCCCAGGUGCACGACGCCAUCAGGAUGGUCAUGGAGACCAAGAUCGACAGCGAGCAUUCCGAGCACCAGCGCUUCACCAAGUACAAGACGCUGCAGGGGGCCGUGGCGGCGGGCGACGAGGAGAAGGCGCUGCAUCUAGGGCAGACGUACGGUUGGGAACUCGAUGCUCUCAAGUUCAUCAUGGGCAUGGAGUUCGCGUACAAGCGACUACCGCAGAAGAAAUGGUACAUCAUGCUCGACGACGACACGUACCUCGUCAAGCCCUCGCUCGAGCUCUUGCUCGGUCACCUGAACCCGGCAAAGGCGCAGUACCUCGGCAACGCCGUCGGCGACUACAAGGGCCGCUUUGCCCACGGCGGCUCGGCGGUGCUGCUGUCGGGCGAGGCGAUGAAGAGGCUCUUCAGCCAGCGCCACGUCCUCUCGGGUGCUUACGUCGCCUCCUUGGACGAGACUUGGGGCGAUCGGCUCGUGGCGACGACGCUGCAGAAGGUGGGCGUCUACCUCGACGAGCGCUACUGCCACUACUUCAACGGCGAGGCACCAUCGACGACGCGCAUCCGAGAGGACCGCAUCUGCUCACCCGUCGUCUCCUUCCACGGCUUGCGCACGCCGGGAGCCAUGGCGGCGACGGAGCGGGCGCUCACCGGCAUCAAGGAUCCGGUGCUCUGGGGUCAGCUCUGGGCCCUCUUCGCACGGGAGCCCAUUGAGGCGUACGGCAAGGAGGCACCACCGUACCUGGCCGGGGACCACGUCGGAGCGCGAGGCGAGCAGACGAAGACGUGGAAAGAGAUUCAUGACGAUGAAGAGUGCAGGGCGAAAUGCCAGGGUGCGAGUCGGGGUUGGUGCCUGGCGUGGACGUACGAGCCUGAGACGAGCGAAUGCCACGGCAGCCCGUGGAUGGUUGUGGGUGAGGAGAGGGGGGUAAAGCGGGACGUCGUUUCGGGUGUCAACUGGAGAAGGGUGGAGCCGCUGAUGCGACAGUGUUCGCUGCUGUCGUGA